AUGUCUACUACAAACAUCACACCAGCAGAAUUAAUUAUUCAUUCGUGUUUAUGGGAUAGUUGCUGCGAAAUCUUUACAUCAUUGCCCGAACUAACAACACACAUUGCUUCGUUUCAUUUAAUGACAUUAUCAGAUAAUUUGACAUCAUUUAAUUGUAAAUGGAAUUCCUGUCGUCAUUAUAGUUUUCAAUCUAAAUAUUCAUUAACACAACAUAUUCGACAUGCGCAUCUUUUACCUAUCAUUAAUAACCAAAUGGAUUACCUUCCAACUCAAGAAACGGUGCAAGGUGUAUCUCCAUAUCAUGCAUUUGAGCAAACAAAUAAUUACCCUCAAAAAUUUUCCCAGUUUUACCAAUCGUAUAGCAAUUUGAUCCGUCAAGUGAAUAUGCAUAAUAUGCAAAAUCAUCUACAAUCACCUCAUACCUAUCAAAUUCAUAAACCUCCACAAUUCGUUCAGAAUAUUCAAAUUCCUCAAACCCCAUCACGAUCUCCAGCACAAGCGAUUGACUAUGAUGGAUUCAUGCGAAUGAAUCCUGGAUGGAUUUCCAUUAAUAAUAUGAUAUCGGGAACAGUAAAUUCUGGGAUAUCGACUGAACAACUCUCUCCAUAUCAAGCCCGAAUUUUGCUACAAUCACAACCAUCGCAAUUUUCACAACUCUUCAAUUCACCUGUACAGGCCCAGAGCUUAUCGUCAUCUUCAAUAGGAAGGCUACAAAAUCAAAUGCCACAACAAUUUAAUGUGAUUGCACCAUCUCAAAUUGUUAAAAAUGAUUCGAUUCAAGAAAAAGGUGGUUCGCCCGCACACAUUCUUUCAUCUCAAAAGGCUUCAACAUCAUCAACUCAAAAUCUUCAAGAUCAAAUUAACAAUUCUGAUUUGAGGGAUGAGGUAGAAACACUCCGAAAGCUCAUAAAGGAACGAACAAAAGAACUUGAAGACAAAUCUCAAGCACUUGAUAAAAGAAAUGAGGAUAUGAAAAAGAUGUCAGAUGAGAUUAAAGAGAAAUCGAAAGAGAUUAUAAAAUUGAAAAGUAUAGUAUCUCUUAAAGAUAGUGAGAUAAGUAUUAUCAAAGGGGAUCUUGAACUUCAAACGAGCAUAUCGAAAUUGUUAAAAGAGCAAAAUCGAAGGUCCGAUGAUAAAUUGAGAAGAAUGUGGGUAGAGAUGUUAUGUAGGAAAGCAGACAUGGGAAUUUCGAAUGAUCGUAAAAAUUAUGAGGGGAAUAAGCAGUCAAGGAAAAGGGCUAAAAAAAAUGAUGAUGAUGAUAAAGUGGAGACAGAAAUACAUCCUAUGGAAAUUCCCGCUCCACAUCAUGAUAAGAUCUCAAUAAUAACUAACGCAUUAAUGUGCGAUUGGGAAGGUUGUGGAAAACCAUUUAGAACAAAAUUAGCACUUAGAGCUCAUGUCAUAUCUUCGCAUAUGGGUGAAGAUAUUGUGAAAGUUAAGCUAAUAAACCCCUAA